AUGAAAAACCAAUUCAGUAAUUCAUCAUUUUUAGCAGCAGCUCAAAAUAAUGUGUCCACUCUGAUAGUAAAACCAAACUCUAAAUCAUUAAAUAUAGUGCUGGACACUUGUGUCACACAAAUUAAGAAGAUAGACGAGCCAAAAAUUAUCAACAGAAAUAAAAAACAGAAAAUCUCUGCACAAAACAGUGAAGGAGAAUUCAUAACUAAGUUGAGGGCUUUGACACGAAGACACUAUUUGGAUCAUACAAAACUGAAUGAGGAAAUGCCUGGAUUUGAACUCAAUUUUUCCAUAGGUGAGUGUGAUCGAGCUGCAGCAAUAGAACUUCUACAUUCUUGGCUUGGUGACAACACUACUAAGCUACUCAAAAAUUUCAGCGUCGAACUGAUGGUACAGUUUACUAAUAGACUGAGACACUUAUUGAAUUGCUAUUGCUACAUUGACUCGAGAGUUUCUAUAUUUACAAGUGCUGAGACCUUAGGUAACUUAUUGGCUAAAUCAAAAAUAACUUCAAUAUGUAAGCAUCCUCAAAUUAAAAACGAAAUUGAAAAAAGGUUUGAAACAGCAUUAACUAAAAAGGAUAUGGUUGAGAACUGUUCACUUUUUGAGCUCUAUAAGAGCUGUGAAUAUCUGCAUCUACUAGCAACUGAGAUGGGAAUGCCAAUGUUCCCGUAUCUUAUACUUGACCAUGAUGUUGACGUUGAAAGAAUUAUUUUUUCUUUAUGCACAGUAUCGCCCUAUGGCGAGGAACUACAUGUAGCCCCAGUACUUAAUAGUAUUCAUAAAUUCAAUUGGAAAUUGAUUAAUAAAAUUAUAAAUACGGCAGAAUUUUAUGACUUUUUUGCAAUUUCUAGAGAACUUGAUGUUACGAAAUUCAUGAAUUCCUUCUCUGAGAAAACAAUGAAUAAGCAUAUCAUUCCACUUAUUAAAGAGAACAUUACGAAAUGGGCUUUAGAUAAAUUUACCGCUGGUCAGCAUGAAACAAUUGAAAAAGCUUGUGAUAAUUUCCAUUAUCUUGUUAACGACCAUUCACUUUUUGAGUUUAGUGAUGCGGCUGUGAACCAGAUGUGGAAGUAUCUCUAUGAAAAACUAAAAGCUGAUGAAGAAAUGGAUUAUGUGAAGAUUAUGUCCCCAAUAGUGAAGAAUUUCAAAAGCAUCGAUACUACUCUGCGAUUUCUGAAAGAAAAGCUAUGUGGGUUUGCGCAUAAGAAUCUCUUCACAUUGGAUCAUUGUAAAAACUAUGGUAACGUGGUUUCUUUAAUGGAAUUUUUAUUAGAUGCACAGAAAGAUCGGUAUGAGGCUCUCUCCCAAACCGACCAUUACUAUUUGACUAUUGAAAAUUUGAAGCAAUUCUCAAAAGUAACUAUUGAAGAGAGUGAUGGUAUAAUUUAUGAGCUCAGAGAACUAUACUAUUCUCCUAGCCAACGGCAUAAUGAAUCUGUAAAUGAUAGCUAUAACACUCAUUUCGGAGUGAAGAAGAAUUGGAAAGUGAAUAAACCUUUGCGUGUUAGGAAAAAUCUCAAGGCGUUCAUUAGUAAACUCAACGUUCGUGAACCAAAAAGAAAGCACUUGUUUAACAAUCGUUACCAAUUAGUGGAAAUGAACGUAAAUAUGGAUAAUGGGGAAACAAUAUUUUUGAAAUGCACACCUUUCAUAGUUAGUAUCCUACUUGCAUUUGAAAACCAGACUGUUAUAGACUAUAAAUCAUUGAUGAGACUUACAAAAUUAAGUCAAAGAGUUUUCAGGGACCAUAUAAAGAAGCUAGUACAUCAUGGUUUCAUCAACAUUGAAGGUUCCUCUCUCAUAUUUCGACAAAAUAAUAAAGGUAUCGCUAAGAAUUUAACAAUUACUUAA